UUUAUUUUCUUUCCUUUCUGAUAGUUGUUUGAGUAAUCAUGGCAAACCAGUCAUUUGUAAAACCGGAAGUUUUUCACAUGCUGGUUGGAGUAAAUGCAAAAAAUGUGCUGUUGGAUACUAUUGUCCUGAGGAUGGUUUACAUGUGCAAAUUCAAUGUCCGCUUGGUUGGUAUGCAUUAGUAGAAGGAUCAUCCAAAUGUUUGGAAUGUCCAAAAGGUUUUCAUUGUCCCAGUGUAAACAGUGGACCAAUUCCUUGUCCGAUUGGUUAUUUUUCAGAAAUAAAUCACUCAACAACUUGUCAAAGGUGUCCUGCGGGUUAUUAUGCUUCUGUGAGUGCUUCAAAGUCAUGUAAGCCUUGUCCUACUGGACACAAAUGCCCCUUACCACAUCAAGAACCAAUAUUAUGUGGAGCAAGAGAGUAUCAACCUGAAGAAGGACAAGAGUCAUGCUUAACAGCUCCAACAGGAACUGUGGUAGUAAAUGCAACUAGAACGCCCGUAACAUGCAGAGCUGGGGAAUUUUCAAAUGGAACAGCUUGUGUACCAUGUUACUUAGGACAUUACUGUCCAUCAUCUGCUUCAACACCUAUACCAUGUCCGAUUGCCACAUAUGCUGACACACUUGGUUCACUUAACUGCAAGUUGUGUCCCCACGGUCAUCAUUGCCUUGAUGCUACUUCCACUCCAGCUAUGUGUGAGAAGGGCACAUAUAGUACUGCUGGACAAAUUAAAUGUGAGAGUUGCACAAUAGGUCAUUACAGUUAUCCAGGUGCAUCAUCCUGCAUUCUCUGCCCAGCAGGUGCAAUGUGUGUGAAUGAAACAACAUUAGUUCUUCCACCUACGCCAUGCCCUGCAGGGCAGUAUAGCUCUUUUGGAGACAGUGAAUGUCAUCAAUGUCCAAAAGACACAUACAGUGACGUUGGAGCAAAGUCAUGUAUACCUUGUCCUGAAGGUUAUUUGUGUAUCACUCCUGAUAAAAAACCAACAAAGUGUCUUCUUGGUCAUUAUUUAAGUAAAUCGAAAGAGGCUACAAAAUGUAUUAUUUGUCCAUCUGGAUAUGAAUGCAUUGAUCCAACCAAACCUCCUGUACCAUGUAUGUUUGGUAAUUAUUCAACUGGUGGCAAUUCUUCAUGCAUACUCUGUCCUGCAGGGAUGUCCUGUCUUGAUCCAAGCCAACUUCCUAUAAAUUGUGAUGUUGGAACAUACAGUUUAAUUGGAGAGACACAUUGCUCGCCAUGUCCUGUGGGCAUGUAUUGUCAAUCUACAUCAGCUAUAGAUGGAGCAUGUUCACCUGGAACAUAUUCUUUGAAAGGAGAAUCAACAUGUAACAACUGUUCAGCUGGUUUUAUGUGUCCACACAAAGACAGUCCUCCAGUAGCUUGUGUUGUUGGUCAAACCACUAAUGGUCAAACAAAUCAACUCAAAUGUCAAAUUUGUCCAGCUGGUUAUGCAUGCCCCACGCCAUCGAGUGAAAUGAUGAAAUGUAAACCUGGCUACUACAGUUUAGGUGUAGCUACAUCUUGUACAAAUUGCCCAGCUGGUUACCAAUGCCCAAGCACUAAUAGACGUCCACUAAUAUGCCCUCCAGGUAAAUACUCAUCAGGAGGCCAAACAUCCUGUUAUGCAUGUGCAGCUGGAUAUGCUUGUCCAUAUGUUUCGAAGAAUGCAACAAAGGCUUGUCCAACGGGAACAUAUUCACUUGGAAAUCAAUCAACAUGUUUGGAAUGUCCGAAAGGAUAUGGAUGUCCUAAUGCUAUGAGUAUUGCCACAUGUGCUCCUGGAUUCUAUUCAAUUGCUGGAUCCAGUGAUUGUAUUGAAUGCCAAAGUGGAUGGAAAUGCCCCAAAACUGAUGGGUCUGAAAACGAGCAGUGUAGCUUGGGUUUCUAUUCUGCAAAUGGAGCAACAACUUGCACUGUUUGCCCAGCGGGAAAGGCCUGUCCACACCAAGCUAUCAGUACACCUACGGAUUGUAUCUCUGGAACGUUUUCAAAAAAGGGACAAGUGAAAUGCACACAAUGUCCUGCUGGCUAUCAAUGUCCUGAUGUUGCUGAUGAUAGCAAAAAUGAAUUAUGUCCUGAUGGUUUUUUCAGUACUCUUGGACAGGGUAAAUGCACGCAGUGUCCUGCAGGGUAUGCUUGUCCAAGUAAACAAGAGUCAUUGAUGAUUAAAUGUCAACUUGGUUCAUAUGCUUUAAAAGGCUCGACAAUGUGCACAAUAUGUGAUAAUGGGUAUAAAUGUCCUGUUUCCAAUAAAAAAGGCACAGCCUGUCCAUCAGGAUCAUACAGCUUAGAAGGGGCACACGAAUGCACAAAAUGUCCUAGUGGGUAUUACUGUCCCCGUCAAGAUGAUGAGCCAAUAAUUUGUAGAGCUGGGCAAUAUUCCACAAAAGGAAACACAUCUUGUUUUGAUUGCAAUGCUGGUUAUGUGUGUGAAGAAGGCAGCACAAGCGCAACUCCUAAAAUUGGGCUUUGUCCAUUGGGCUACUACUGUGAAGACAAAAUAUUAAAAGUGCCUUGCCCUGCUGGAAAAUAUGGAAUAAAGGAAGGAGCUAGUAGUGAAGCUGAAGGGUGCUCAGAGUGUGUUGCAGGGUAUUACUGUGGACUUGGUACUAGCAAACUCACUGAAUCAAUUAAAUGUCCUGGUGGUCACUAUUGCCCUAAUAAAACAAAAACAGCCUUUCAGUAUCCUUGUGAAGAUGGAUUUUUUAAUACUGAAGUUGGAAGAGUGCGCUGGGAGCAAUGCAGGCCCUGUCCCCCUGGUCGAUAUUGUGUAGGUGGUGAUCCGACUGGUGAUACUCUUUGUCCCAAAGGCCAUUAUUGCACUGGUGGUACUGGAUCUCCAAGCAAAUGUCGCCAAGGAUUUUAUUUAGCUGAAGAAGGUGCAACCUCGUCAUCACAGUGCAAAGAUUGUCCUGCAGGUUAUUUUUGUCCAUCAGGAACAGACACACCAAUUCCUUGCGAGGCAGGUACAUAUAACCCACAUAUCCAGCAAGGUCAAAAAACAGAUUGUCGACAAUGUAUUGCUGGCAUGGCUUGUCCACAGGCUGCUCUGACUUAUCCUUCAGAAGUAUGUAGUGCUGGUUAUUAUUGUCCAGCUGGAUCAAAGCAACCAAACGAAACUCUGAAUGCAUGUUCACCUGGUACUUACACUGAUUUUCAUAAUGGGACAUUUGAUGGAGAUUGUAGAACAUGUCCAAAAGGGCAUGCCUGCUUGUCAGGAACAGGAGGAAAACAAAAAGAACCACAAGCAUGUGCACCAGGUCACUUUUGUCCAGAUGGCACACGUCAUCCCAAACAAUUUCCAUGUCCUGCUGGAACUUGGUCAAAUUUAACAAAUUUAGAAACAUCAGCAGGAUGCCUUACUUGUCCAAAAGGAAGGUAUUGCCUUAAAGGCUCCUCUAGUGCAGUAGAAAUUUGUCCGACUGGUCAUUACUGUCCUCCAGGGACAAGGUAUGCCACAGAACAUCCGUGCAGUGCAGGAACGUAUUCUAAUCGUCCUGGAAAUGAACGGUGGGAAGUUUGUGAAGUUUGCACAAAGGGACACUAUUGUCCAAAAGGUUCCUCAAAUCCAACAAAAUGUCCUAGAGGUUUUUACAGGGAUGAAACAAAAGGGAAAGAACUAGGUGAUUGCAAGCCAUGCAUAGCUGGUUACAGUUGUCCAAUUGAGGGUACAAUAGAUCCUAUUUCUUGUGGUGUUGGGAAUUAUUCUUCCUCACGAGCAAGCAUUUGUUCAACCUGUAAGGAAGGAUACUAUUGUAUGUCAAAUACAACUGAUUACAAUACAAUGCGCACCAAGUUUAUUUGUCCUGCUGGUAUGUACUGUCAAGAAGGAUUAGAUCGUCAACCAUAUCCUCUGUUGAAUCCAUGCAAAGCUGGAUAUUAUUGUGUCCAAGGAGAUGAGUACCCACGACCUCAACCUUGUCCUAAUGGAACAUACAAUUCGUUCACAAAUACAAAGCAUGUUAGUGACUGUUUAACAUGUCCAGCUGGUUAUUACUGCUCUCCUGAAGCACAAACUAAGCCAACAGCAGAAUGUCCAGAUGGUUAUUAUUGUCCAGAAGGUACAGGCGCAGCAUAUUCGUUUCCUUGUCCAGCAGGUUUUUACAGAAAUGGAUCAGCAGCAGUGUCCAGUAUGGACUGUAGUAAGUGUAUUGCUGGCAUGUAUUGCAAUGAAAAGGGAAUGGCUUGGCCAAAUGAUUGCCCUCCAGGCUACUAUUGCCCAACUGGUUCCUUGAGGCCAGAACCAUGUCCAUCUGGAUAUUUUAGUAAUGAAACUAUGAUGAAACGUUCUAAAGACUGUUUGCCUUGUCCAGCUGGUCAAUAUUGUUCAGGGGUUGGAAAGACCAAACCUACGGGUUUGUGUGAUGCUGGCUUCUACUGUAAAGGAGCUGCAUAUACUUCGGCUCCACCAGGUGGGAUUACUGGAGGCUUGUGUCCAAAGGGUGGUUAUUGUGGACGAGGAGCUAUUGAUAAGGCACCAUGUCCUAAUGGAAUGUACAAUCCUAAUGAAGGUGCAAAAUCUCCUGCUGACUGUUUGCCAUGCCCAGCUGGGUUCUAUUGCGCUGGAAGUUUAAAUGCUGGACCAACUGGACCAUGCGAAAAAGGUUUUUUCUGUAAUGGUAGUGCGACAACACCUAUCCAGCAUAUGUCACCGGAGGGUCAUUUUUCACGCGAAAAAUCUUCUUUUGCUUCACCAUGUCCUGUUGGCACAUACCAGUCUCAGAAAAGAUCUGGCAGUUGCGUAGAUUGUUCCGCUACGUCUUACUGUGAUGAGCCAGCUCUUGUAGGACCAAAAACUUGCCCAACAGGUUUUUUUUGUCCACCUAAAAGCAUAAAACCACGACCAUGUCCAGCAGGAAAAUAUAAUCCAGCAACCAGUAAACAAGAAGAAGGAGAGUGCAAAGAUUGUGAUCCUGGAAUGUAUUGUGAAACACCUGGUUUAAAUGCUACAUCAGGUCCUUGUGAUGCUGGCUUUUUUUGUACAAGAGGGUCACCAUAUCGUAAUCCAGGUAAUACCUCAACUGGACUGGAAACUGGAAUUUACCCAUUUGGUGGUGUAUGUCCUCAGGGCCGGUACUGUCCACUUGAAACAAGCAAACCGGAACUGUGUCCUAAUGGUACCUACUACCCUGGAUUUGGCGCCAAGGAUGUGAAAGAAUGUUUAGAUUGUCCUGGAGGAAGAGUGUGCUCACAAGAAGGAUUAACUGCUCCUGAUGGAGUGUGUUCACCUGGAUUUUAUUGCAUUGGGAAAGCUACCUUUGGAAAACCUGUUGAUAAAAUAGUUGGAGAUAAAUGUCCCAUAGGUAGUUAUUGUCCAUCAAAUUCAUCCACCUAUCAGACAUGUCAUCCAGGAACAUAUAGCAAUAUUACUGGUCUGGCAAAAUGCUUUCAAUGUCCAGCUGGGUAUUAUUGCAGUGAUGGUAUAAAUCCUGUUGAAUGUCCAGUAGGUUAUUACUGCCCUGAAGGAUCAAGUUAUGCAGAUAAAAAGGGCUGCCCUCCUGGAACAUAUGGGCUAAAUCAUGGUUUGGGUGCCAGAAAUGAAUGCUUGCCUUGUCCACCAAAGAUGUUCUGUGCAAAAUAUGCUGUAACUGAAUUCUCAUCAAAUAAUGGCUCUGGACUUUGUGAUCCUGGUUUUUAUUGUGAAUCAGGUGUUGACUCGAAACGACCAGGUAUAAAUUCAACUGGUGUUGGUGGUGUAUGUCCAAAAGGCUUCUAUUGUCCACAAGGCACAGAUGUUCCACGUGGAUGCCCUUCAGGUACAUAUUCCAAUACAACUGGGUUGGUGAAUCAAACACAGUGCACACCGUGUGACCAUGGACAUUAUUGUAGUGGCUCCGGUUUACAAAAGCCAUCAGGUCAAUGUGAUUCUGGAUUCUACUGUUUACGUGGAGCAAAGACAAAAAGCAUUCCUACUGAAAAUUCAUCGGGUGGUCCAUGUCCUGUUGGAAAAUAUUGUCCUCAAGGAACGUCAUUUCCGCCUGGUUGUUUACCAGGCACUUAUAUGCCAGUCCGUGGAGCUUCAAAGUGUUGGCCAUGUUUAGCUGGUUAUUAUUGCCCGGCUAAUAUAUCUGAUUAUUCACCAUAUUCUUGUCCCGAGGGACAUUUUUGUCCAAAUGGAACAAAGUACGAUAAACAAUUUGCUUGUCCAAGUGGAACCUUCCGUAAUCAGACAAAUGGAAAAAAUAUCACUGAUUGUUUCCCUUGCUCACCUGGUCACUUUUGUGCAAAUGACGGGUUAGUUCGACCAGAAGGAAAAUGCUCUCCUGGGUAUUUUUGUUUAAAAGGUGCAAAAACCUCAACACCUCUUGAGCUGUAUGAUGUUAAAACUGGUGAUUGUUCAUUUCCAUCUAAUAUAACAGGUGGAGAAUGCCCAAGUGGCUUUUACUGUCCAGAAGGAUCGGCUAGACCAUAUGCUUGUCCUGGCAAGUUUUAUUGUUCUGGUAAAAGAAAUUCUAAUUAUACCGCACCCUGUGAUGCUGGCUAUUAUUGUACUGGUGGCUCUUCAACUGCCAAACCAGGAGGUGGCGGUGGCGAUGUUUGUCCUGCUGGACGUUAUUGCCCCAUAGGUACAGAUUUUCCAAUUGCAUGCCCCAGUGGAAGAUACUCUAAUGCAACAGGAAACAAGAAAGAAAAUGAUUGUGCGUUGUGUGAGGUUGGCAAAUACUGUGGUGGCACUGGAAAUAGAAGACCUACAGGACCUUGUGAUCCCGGUUUUUAUUGUCCACCUGGUCAGAAUAAAAAAGACCCACCAUCUUUUACAUGUCAACAAGGUCAUUAUUGUCCAGAAGGUUCACCAGAGCAAGUUAAGUGUGAAUCUGGAACCUGGACAGAUUUGACAAAACAGUGGAAAUGUAAACAUUGUGUUGAAGGAUAUUACUGUGAUCGAAAAAAUGCUCCCAUAUCUGAUUAUACUGCAUAUGAAUGUCCUGUUGGUUUUUAUUGUCCAAAUGGUACAAAGUUUUCUACUGAAUUCGGUUGUCCAAAUGGUACAUAUGGCAAUGAGACAAAAUUAACCAAUCCGAUUGAUUGCCUAAUGUGCCCUGCUGGAAAAUACUGCCAUGGUUCUUCACCAACAUGGACUGGAAUUUGUAAUGAGGGUUAUCAUUGUAUUGGAGGCUCCUGGACACCUACACCCACAGAUGGAAAGACAGGUCGACUUUGUCCAGAAGGAUCAUAUUGUCCCCCUGGCACCGCAACUCCAGUUGGAUGCCCUGCAGGAACAUUUAAUAAUGGAACUGGUUUGGCAAAGAUGACAGAUUGCAUUCAAUGCCUUCCAGGAAUGUACUGUUUAAAAAUGGGUCUAAAAUAUCCUUCUGGACUGUGCGAUGAGAGGUAUUUCUGUGAAAAAAGUGCAGUGUUUGCAAAACCCAACGAUACAGCAACAGCAGGAAGAUGUAAACCUGGUCAUUUUUGUCCCAAAGGAACAAAAUUACCAAUACCUUGUCCAGAUGGUUUUUACAUGCCUAAUUUUUUAGCUAAGGAAUGUUGGCCUUGUCCUUCUGGAUCAUAUUGUGUUGGCGAUCAUUUAUCUCCAGCUGACUGUCCACCAGGAUUCUAUUGCCCAGGAGGAACGGGUUUUGAUUGGAAGUCCUGUCCCCCAGGAACAUUCAGCGGUGAUAAAAGACUUCAGAAUGUAUCAUCCUGUCAGCCUUGUACACCUGGGAUGUACUGUCCAUACUACAAUGCAACUUCACCUGAAGCUACCUGUGACGAGGGUUACUACUGUGAAUUAGGAUCAAAUACAGCCAGACCUGAGACGAAUCAUACAGGUAUAGGGGGACCAUGUACACUCGGUAACUAUUGUCCUAGGAAUACAUCGGUGCCAAAGCCAUGUCCAAGAGGACGAUUUGGUAACAAGACUCAUUUGGCGAAAGCUACUGACUGUCAACUCUGUAAUCCUGGUUCCUUUUGUGGGAGUCAGGGUCUAAUGAAUUCUUCUGGUCCUUGUAAUGCUGGUUUCUAUUGUUUAUUUGGAUCGAAGGUUUCCAACCCACCAACAGUGACAUCAUCUGGAGGUCCAUGUCCCACUGGUCAUUAUUGUCCUGAGGGCACUUCAUACCCGUUAGCUUGUGGGAAAGGAACUUUCAACAGUAGAACAGGCCAGACUGAAUGUGAGAAGUGUUGUGCUGGGUAUUACUGCCCUGUAAACACUACUACCUGCACAAUGAAAUGCCCAGCUGGUUACUUUUGCCCAAGUGGAACAUCACAUCCAUACGCACAUGCCUGUCCAGCUGGAACGUAUAACAAUGAGUCUGGAAAAUCGACAGAAAAAGAAUGUAUGCCUUGUGAUCCUGGAAAAUACUGUCCAAGCUCGGGAGCUGAAAAGCCUUUUGAUUAUUGUGACCCAGGAUGGUACUGUCGCAGAGGAGCUUGGUCAGCUAAGCCAACUGAUUUAGGGAAUUCAACUAUUGAUACUUGUUAUUGUUCUAACAUUUCGACAGGAGGCCAAUGUCAGAGGGGUCAAUUUUGUCCCAAAGGAUCAAAUGAACCUAAGUCCUGUACACCAGGGUUUUACUGUGCAACUCCAGGUCUAUCAAAUGUUACUGGUCCAUGUGAGGCAGGAUCAUAUUGUAAAAUCAAUGCAAAAAUAAAAGCACCAAGAGAUGAUAUUACUGGUAAUAUUUGCCCUGCUGGAAGUUAUUGUCCAGUGGCUACCUCUGUCCCAAAGCGUUGCCCUCCUGGGACAUACUCAUCUGCUAUAGGAAAUAAAGGCCCAGGUGAUUGUUCAGAUUGUGAGGCUGGCCAAUUUUGUAGUGAGUGGGGAAUGAAAAGACCAAGUGGAAACUGCAGCGCUGGAUACUAUUGUCCAUCUGGUCAAAAUACAAGUACACCAGAGAAAUUUAGAUGCACUCCUGGACAUUACUGCCCAGAAGGUAGCAUAAAGGAAUUACCAUGCCCUACUGGAUCAUAUCAAGACAAAUUCUAUAGAUCUAGCUGUAAAAUUUGCCCUGAAAGAUACUUUUGUAAUGGUCUCAUUCUGAAUGGCACUCACUGUAGUCAUGGCGUGCAAGUUCCAACACCUUGUCCGCGAGGUUAUUACUGUCCGCAAGGAAUGAAAACAGGAAGAGAAUAUCCUUGCCCAAAUGGUACUUACGGAGCGAGAGAUAAAUUGCACAUAGAAAGAGAAUGUACGGAUUGUCCUAGUGGAAAAUUCUGUGAGGGCACAGGAUUAGAUACAUGGUCUGGUGAAUGUCAGAAGGGAUAUUAUUGUCUUGGUCGUUCUAGUAAAAAAGCUCCUGAUGAUGGUGUAACAGGAAUAAAGUGCCCACCAGGUUACUACUGCCCAUCUGGUGCAACUGCAACAUUACCAUGUCCAAGAGGAACAUACAACCCUUCCUUUGGAAUAGGUAGUAAGACCCAAUGCUUAGAUUGUACACCAGGACAAUUUUGCAGACAUCAUGGUCAAAAUACUACAUCUGGAAAUUGUAGUGCAGGAUAUUAUUGUUUAUCAAACUCAACAACAUCAAAACCAAGAGGAAUAAAUGGUAACAUUUGCCCUCCUGGUGCAUAUUGUCCCUCUGGCAGUGCUGAACCAAAGGAGUGUUCACCAGGUACUUACAUGAAUCAUACAGGAGCAAGUGUAUGCUACGACUGUCCUGAAAGAUAUUUUUGCAUUAACCGGAUCACACCAACACCUUGUUUACCAGGUUUCUUUUGCCCUCCUAAGACUGGAAAGAACCUACAACCAUGCCCAACAGGUACCUUCAACCCAUCUCACUUUUUAUCAUCAGCUGCUGAAUGUUUAGGCUGUACAGCUGGUCAUUUCUGUGAUAUCUUAAAUGCUACUUCUACAUCUGGACCAUGUAGUUCAGGAUUCUAUUGCUUAAAUGGUUCUGAUACUGCCACACCUUCUGUUGGUCAUAAAGGUACAGCUGGUAUUUGUCCAGAAGGUUCGUAUUGUCCACAGGGUAAUUCUUCGUCACCCAUUCCAUGCCCUGCAGGAACACUUAAUAACAAAACUCAUGGCGAGAGCCUCUCAGAUUGUAUACCAUGUAAAGAUGGAUUUUACUGUGAAUCAGAUGGUCUAUCUUCUCCAACCGAAAAAUGUCAUGCUGGCUACUUUUGUAGAAAAGGUGCAAAAGUGCCAAACCCUUCAACAACAACACCGGAUUACGGUCCAUGUCCUAUAGGACAUUACUGUCCAAAUGGGACAUCAACACCUUAUAAAUGUCCACCCGGUACAUAUAACGGCAUAACAAAGCAAUCAAAGUGUCUGCCAUGUUUGUCCGGUCAUUUCUGUGAAGAAGGAGCAAACAAUGUUACUGAAUGUCCAACCGGAUAUUAUUGUCCGAAUGGAUCUAAGCUGGCUUGUCCUGAAGGAACUUUUAAGAACUUUACAACAGGCUCAUCUCUAUCAAGUUGCAAAUCAUGCCCACCAGGUUCAUUUUGUAGAGGAGUUGCAAAUACCAAUCCAACUAGUUUAUGUGCUGGUGGUUGGUACUGCAGCGGUGGGUCAUGGACAGACAAACCAGUUGGAAAUAAAUCAUUUGUUGGUCUUUGUCCUUUGUCACGUAUAGGCGGCAUGUGUACAUUUGGAACAUUUUGCCCUCCUGGCUCUGAAACAUCUCGUCCUUGUACACCUGGUUUUUAUUGUAAUGGAAACCAUCUAUCUAAGGAGUCUGGACCUUGUGGCGCAGGACAUUAUUGUAAUGGGAGUACAAUAGAAGAAAAACCUGUAAAUAAAACGUAUGGUGAUACCUGUCCCCCAGGACAUUUUUGUGAAGCUGGAAGCAAAACACCAAAAGCUUGUGAAGCUGGAUAUUUUGCACGUGGGUUUGGUAACGAACACAGAAAUGCUUGCAUACCAUGUCUUGCAGGAAUGUACUGUGAUAGAUCUGGAUUACCUGAACCACGUGGAAACUGCACUGUAGGCUUUUAUUGUCCUACUGGGGAAAUAUAUCCUGAACCAGCAGAUAAAAGAUGUCAACCAGGCCACUAUUGUCCCACUGGAAGUCAUUUACAUAGUAUUUGCCCCCCAGGUACCUACCAACCACUUUCAGAAAAAGGUUUCUGUAUAGAAUGUCCUGACGGAUAUUACUGUGAUCCUAUUGAAGCCCACAAGCUUAACGCCAGUGGUGUUAACAGUACUACUCACGGUGUUGUCAAUCCAUUUGUUUGUCCUAAAGGAUACUACUGUCCAAAUGGAACCACAACCUACACUUCAUAUCCAUGUCAAAAAGGUUACUUUGGUAAUGAAACAAAAAGAUCAAGUCACAAUCAAUGUCAUCCAUGCACACCAGGAUAUUAUUGCGAUCGUGAAGCCAUGACUUAUCCUGAAAAUAAAUGUCAUAUAGGAUAUUACUGUGAAGACAGAGCUAUAACACCAAAUCCACAUAAUGAGUCAGAAGGUGGAGGACCUUGUCCGCAAGGAUAUUAUUGUGAAUCUGGGUAUUCCCAAGCUCUUCCCUGUCCACCUGGUACUUAUGGCAAUAGAGCUAAGCUGGGACACUUGAAUGAAUGCACAGAUUGUGAAGGAGGGAGUUUCUGUGCAACAUAUGGUUUACCAGCUCCUAAUGGAACAUGUUUACCAGGUUAUUUUUGUAAAGGACGCGCUGUCUUACCUAACCCUACUGCAGAGUCUUAUGGUAAUGAAUGUCCAAUGGGAUAUUAUUGUCCGUCUGGCACCACAUCUCCGUUUCCAUGUCCGCCAGGAACUUAUAACAACCAAACAAAAGCAACUAGACCACAAGACUGCCUUCCAUGUCCUGGAGGUUCUUAUUGUGCAGGUUAUGCAAACAAAAUACCUGAUGAUUUCUGUGACCAAGGUUACUUUUGCAAAAGUGGAGCUUACAGUCCCCGGCCUGUUAAUUAUACAAACAUAGCUCACAAUAGUUCAGAUAUUUACACGUGUCCAAUCUAUUCAGUUAAUCAAACUGGAAGCAUAUGUCCACAAGGAUCGUAUUGUCCAAAAGGUUCUUCUCAACCAACAUUGUGCGACCGAGGAAAACAUUGUGAUAAUGAAGGAUUGUAUUUACCAGUUGGCAAUUGUACUGCAGGUUAUUAUUGUGACUGGGGUUCAACAUCAAGUACACCUAGGGAGUGCAGAAGAGGACAUUAUUGCGAAGAAGGGACUCUAGUUGAAAAACAAUGUCCCGUAGGAUCCUUUGGUCCUAAAUUGAAGAGAGACUACUGUGAAAAUUGCACAGCUGGGUUUUAUUGCCCAAACCUUGGCAUGACAGAAGUUAUAUUCCAAUGUCUCCAAGGUUUUUAUUGUCCAUCAGGAUCAUCAAGAAAUGAUACAGUGGAAUGUCCAAGAGGAUUUUAUUGUCCCACAGGAACAGGUUCUCCAUUACCGUGUCCGGCAGGUGAAUAUCAACCAGAAAAAGGCAGCCACAGAUGCAGAGUAUGCCCACGUGGAUUUGCUUGUGAUCCUACUCUAUUACCACCUGGUCAAGGUGUCAUUCAACCACGCAACUGUACACCUGGUUAUUACUGUCCCUCCAACACAUCUUCGAUUCGUCAAUAUCCUUGCUUACCUGGAACAUACAGUGAUCAAGUUGGUUUGGAAUCUGAUAAGGAUUGUUCACCUUGUGAUCCUGGUUUUUACUGUGGCGGUCAUGGCAAUACAACUGUGUCAGGACCAUGUUCACCUGGUUACUUCUGUAAAUCAGGUGCAUCUACGCCCACACCAACUGAUGUAGUAUCAGGUGAUAUAUGUCCAGAAGGGAAAUAUUGUCAGGAACAAUCAUCAUCAGGAACAGAUUGUCCAAUAGGAACGUUUAGUAAUUCAACAGGUCUUCAUAAUGCAUCCAGCUGUACACCAUGUUCAGCUGGUUGGUAUUGCCCUACAUCAGGUGCAACAAAACCUUUCAAAGAGUGUGAGUCUGGUUAUUGGUGCAUAAGUGGAUCUACUGAAUCCACACCAGAUGGGAGGUCUUAUGGCAUGAAAUGUCCAAAUGGAAGCUAUUGCUUAAAAGGAACACUUUCCCCUAAGAAAUGUCCUGAAGGAACUUACCAACCAUUUGAGCAGAAAUCACAAUUUAAAGACUGUUUAGCAUGUCUUCCUGGAACAUACUGCGAUUCACCAGGUUUAACCAACGUGACUGGUUUAUGUCAGCGUGGAUAUUACUGUCUGGGUGGUGCUAAAGUUAUGAACCCUAGUGACAAUACCACUGGUGAUAUAUGUCCUGUAGGUACAUUCUGCCCACCAGGCUCAACAAAACCACAACCUUGUCGAAAUGGAACAUACAUGAACAAUACAGGUGCUUGGGAAUGCUUAAUCUGUCCACCAGGCUAUAUGUGUACAAGACAAGUAGCUGCAGAUUUAUGUCAACAAGGUUACUUCUGUCCUGGUAAUACUGGUUUUAAUACCCAACCGUGUCCAUCAGGAACAUAUGGAGCCAGGCUUGGUUUGAAAGAUAUCUCUGAAUGUACAAACUGCACAGCAGGUUCUUACUGUGAGGAAAGCGGAUUGUCAAAACCAAAUGGUAUUUGUGAUCCAGGAUAUUGGUGCCAAAUAGGUGUAGACACAAAAGCUCCAACUGGACUGGGCCAUAAAGGAAUUGGUGGCUUGUGUACAAAAGGAAAUAAAUGUCCAGGGAAUACAUCUACACCAAUUCCCUGUGAGGAAGGAUCUUACUCAAAUGUUGAUGGAGUAAUAAGCACGUGCAUGUUAUGCCCAGCCGGUAAAUAUUGCAAUGCAUCCACCAUUGUACCAUAUGAUUGUCCAGUGGGCCACUAUUGUUUAAAUGGCACAAGAACUUCCACCCAGUAUCCCUGUCCACCAGGCAGUUUUAAUAACAAAACAGGCCAAUCAAGUUUACAUGCUUGUACUUUGUGUCCACCUGGUUUCUAUUGUGAAGGAUAUGGACGAGUAACACCAAAUGGUGAAUGUGAUGCUGGUUUCUUUUGUCGUAUGGGAGCACGUUUAUCAAGACCAGGUGUAUAUGGCAGCAUUGAUCCAACAAAGGCAACUUCAGUUAAUUCAACAUGUUACAAGCCUUAUGGUUGUGUUUGCCCAUCAUUUAACGAUACUAGAGGUGAUAUAUGUCCGGUAGGUCAUUACUGUCUCAAAGGAAGUGCAAAACCAACAGAAUGUCCAGCAGGUAAAUACUGUCAACAUGCUGGUUUGGAAUCUCCAUCUGGAAACUGUAGUGCUGGGUAUUACUGCACUGGAAAGUCAACAACUCCAAGACAAGUCGAUUGUCCAACAGGACACUAUUGUCCUUCAGGAGUUCCUGCUCCUCGGUCUUGUUCAGCUGGCAAAUUCUCGAAUAAUACUAAUAAUGAAAAGGAAAGUGAUUGUAUGAAUUGCACAGCUGGUUGGUAUUGUGAAACAGAAGGUUUAUCAAGAGAAACUGAUCAAUGUGCUGCAAGAUAUUAUUGUCCUGGUGGUCAAUCUUCUGCAACACCAUCCGCCUUUGCUUGCUUGCCAGGUCACUACUGUCCAACAGGGUCACCAUAUCCUAUCCCCUGUGGCAAUGGUACGUACCAGAAUGCUUCCACACAAGAUUCGUGUAUAGAAUGUCCACCUGGUUUUUAUUGCGAUCCAUCAGAAGGGCCUGUAGUUACACCUAAACACUGUCCGACUGGUCAUUACUGCCCAGCUGGCACAUCCUACAAAAAAUUGUAUCCCUGCAAAGCUGGAACAUUUGGUCCUGAUGCUGGCUUUGCAAGCAUAGUCCAAUGUCUAGAUUGUGUUAAUGGAACGUACUGCGAAACAGACGGAUUAUCUGCACCUACUGGAAAAUGUUAUGCUGGUUAUUAUUGUUUGAAAGCUGCCAAAUCACCAACUCCUAUCAAGUAUAUUAACGCUUCGAAAUGGAUGUUCAGUUUUUACAAUGAUAUAUGCCCAAAAGGUUUCUUUUGCCCGAAUGGUACAGCAGACCCUCAGCCUUGUCGUAGAGGUUAUUAUUCUGGAAAGUUAGGCUUACGUUCUUGGGACCAAUGCGACAAAUGCCCUGUUGGAAAGUAUUGUGAUAUGAUUGGAGCAAAAGAAAUAACAAACCCUCCAAAUUGUUCUGCGGGUUAUGUUUGUGUUUCUGCUUCUUAUACACCCAGGCCUACUGAUGGAGUACGUGGCUACAUGUGUCCAAAGGGAUUUUACUGUCCAGAAGGUACCCACGUUGAGAGAAGUUGUCUUCCAGGCACAUAUCAAGCUAAUAGAGCUCAGGGAAACUGUACCUUAUGUGAACCGGGCUAUAUGUGUCCCGAUUAUAACAUGUCAAAACCAAUUCACUGUAAACCUGGCUUCUACUGUCCUGGAGGUAUGGCUAAACCAUGUCCACCUGGUACGUAUAACAACAGAAGUGAUGUCAGUUUGGAUGGCGCGUGUGCUGAUUGUCCCCGUGGUAUGUAUUGUGAAGGACGUGGUAACAAAUAUCCAGAUGGUUUCUGUGAAGAAGGGUUCUAUUGCGAAGGUGGUGCGGCAACAAAGUCACCAAAUGCUAGCCAUCCACGUUACCUUUUAAAUGGACCGUGCCCAGCUGGUCAUUACUGUCCAACGGGCACAUUUUCACCCAAAGAAUGUCCUCUUGGAACUUAUAGAGACAACAGGGGUGCAAAAAGCGCUUCUGAUUGUUAUCCGUGCAAGCCUGGUUUCUAUUGUGAUCGCAGUGGCUUAACUGAAAGCACUAAAGCUUGCAAAGAGGGAUGGUACUGUCCAAGUGGGUAUAACAACACUGUGCCGACACCACGUAACUUUACAUGCUGGGUGGGCCAUUAUUGUCCUAAUGGCACCAGUACACCGAGAGAAUGUGAAAGAGGUACAUACCAACCAAGUCGUAUGCAGAGUUCUUGCAUCGACUGUCCAGCUGGAUACUAUUGUAAGAAUAAAGUUUCUGAACUUGUUGAAUGUCCUCCCAGAUAUUACUGUCCAAGUCGAACUGAAAUUCCGAUCUUGUGUCCAAAUGGAACCUUUUCUGAAAACAAAACUGGACUUGUAACUGCAGGAGAUUGUCCUCCAUGUCCUGCAGGAAGUUUUUGCAAAACAGGUACUGUUGUUGGAAAAUGCUCAGCAGGUUAUUGGUGUCAGGCUGGUAGUUUAUCACCAACCCCUUCGAAUGAAACGGACUCUAACAUAACCAAAGCUGGUCCAUGCCCACCGGGUGUGUAUUGUCCUCUGGGAACCAUAGUACCAGUCGGUUGUCCAAAUGGAACUUUUAAAGAUUAUUAUGGUGGUGUUGGAUCUAAAGAUGAUUGCUGGCCUUGUCCUGCUGGUCAGGAAUGUUUCGAAGGUGAUUCCCGCAUUCAUCCAUGCCCUAGUGGUAAGUACUGUCCACGAGGACAUUUGCCUAUUGACUGUCCCAUCCUAACGUAUCGUGACAAAGAAUGGGGACAAAAUAUAUCCGAUUGUUUCCCCUGUCCAUCUGGUUAUUGGUGUCAUCGAAAGGGGAUGUCCACUUACAAUACGACACUCUGUCCGGUGGGUCGAUAUUGUUCUGAGGGUCAGAUCCCUGUAUGGUGUCCUGCUGGAAGAAGAAGAAUCUUACCUGGAGCAUGGGAUGCCGAUCAGUGUACUCCUUGCCCAUCUGGAUUUUACUGUCCAUUUGCUGCUACCAAUUACAGCGGUAUUCCAUGUCCUUCAAGAACCUUUUGUCAAAACAAUAUAACAGAUGGUGCCGCAAUACCACAAGGCUGUCCUGGUGGCUUCUGGUGUCCUGCACAAACUGGAAAGCCUAACUCAUGUCCUGGUGGUUACUUCUGUCCAAAUGCAACAGAUGCUCCCUUUCGUUGUGAGUAUCCGUUUUACUGUCCUCCAGAAAGCUCCCACCAACACAUAUGUCCUCUUGGUUUUAAAGCAGUAGCGACAGAGGGUAACAGAACAUCUGUGGAGGAAUCAUGUUUGGUGUGCCCUGCUGGAUUUUAUGGAAACCAUGUUUUAAGAUUAAAUUGCACUGAAUGCCCAGCAGGUUAUUAUUGCCCACUGGGAACAAAAGAUCCUUAUGAGUUUCCAUGUCCCAGAGGAUAUUAUUGUCCUGCAAGAUCUGUUGAAGGGGUGCCUUGCCAACCAGGCAUGUAUGGUAACGUAACCAAGGGAACUAAAUCAAGCGACUGUCUACCAUGUCCUGAAAACACGUUCAACAAUCUGAAAGGGAUGGAAGCGUGUCGUCCUUGCGGAAGCAGUGCACUAGCAGAACCUGGUCAGGUGAAGUGCACUUGUAUUGGAUUGCACCGAUCAUUUCAAGUUUCUGAUGGUUCAUGCGAGUGUGAGAGUGGAUUCAUUUACUAUGAUGUCGUGGAUGCAAAACAAGCAGAAGGAAAUAGUGACAAGUCUUGUCAACCCAUUGUGGCUGAGAGAUGUUCUGGAAAUUACGCGCGAGAAUCUAACUCAUUAAAUUGCAUCAACACAAAAGACAUUCCUGGGGAUUACUGCACGCCAUCUUGUGGAACAGCAGGAGGAAAUUUUAACGUGACCGAAGGUCGCUGCACUUGUCGAGAAUACACAGUACUUGAUGAAGUAUGUAACGCAACAUGUCAGCUUCAAGCACCUAAGGUAAAGUUGCAACGUCAUCAUACUGGCCUUCUUAAUAUGAUUAUCACAUACAGAUCUGGAAACACCACGAUCAUUCCUAUUAAGAAUGAAUACGGUAUCAAUGAUUUUGACUAUGUACCAAGGAAAUCUGAAAUCGUUGAUUUUAAUACUGAUGGUGUGUUUGGUAUAUUACCAAAAAAUAAUGGUGAGAUUAUCGACUUGUUAAACAGAAAGAGCACGCCAACAUUGAACACUACAAGGUUUAGACGGGACCUAAGUUACACGUAUGUUGGUGAUGCUUCAGUACCUGGUAUUAGAGCUCCUGUUGUCUGCAUCAAUGUUGGUCAAGUUGUGAUAUUUUCAAUUAAUGUGAAUGCAGAGAAUAGAUCGGCGAGUAACUAUCCACGUUACAGCAAGAAUCAUUUGUUCAACACAAAUCCUUACUUUGAUUAUGGUCAGUUCAGACAGUUGCAUUUGCUGAUCCAAAAGACGAACCUCACGAUCUCAACAUUUGCAAAUGUUUUCUCCGAACCAGGAAAAUUUGUAUUUUACGACAACGCUGUUCAUCAACGUGAAGUCAUUGUUGUUGUUCCAGAACUGGGAUCGUCUUGUCCCGCCCGUAUGGGUGCACAAGAUCCUGUUAUUCUCACUAUGUUUAGUGUGGGUCCAAAACAUGUACGAAAUGUAGCUCCAAACUGGGACAUCAUUUGGGCUGUGAUUGGUGUAAUGUUUGUUCUUAUUUUACUGCUCGUUUUAUUGGCUAUACUCUGGAGACCACAAGCUAUUGGUAUUUAUCCACUGAAUAUUUUGCGACCUAAGUAUAAGAGCCUUGGUGCACCCAUUCCUGUUGUUCCCUUACCUGGUAUUGCUGACAAUCCAGAUGGUCUUGGGCCAAGAGGAGAUCCAGAGGGAGCGGUGAGCAACAUUGAACCAUAUUCUACCCAAUAUGGAGGAAGUGAAAACGGAUUGUUAGAAAAUUUUAAUGUUAGAACUAUGUAUGAUAAAUUAGAAGAUCAAACAUUGCACAUUUCGUCGCAAUUGGCACGACAUCAAGCAGAUCUUCGCGGCUUUUAUGACCGCAUCUCACAACAAAGUGAAGGAUUGAAGAACAUGCUUGAAAAUUUGGAUGUAUCUAAACUCGCUCAAGCCACAGAAAAAGCUGCUGAAAUGCAAGCUAAUGAAGAGCACUUUACUGAGAACAUGCAAACAGAAAGUUCCCAGCAAGGUGUUGUAAAGGACCCAUCCAUGCAAUAUGCGUUAACAGGAGGAGCUGCAGCUCGAGAAGCAGAACUGCAAAGAACGCUACAAACAUUGUUAGACAGAUAUGGUGGUGCUCUACAGCCUAUACCAGGUGGUGUAACGCCAGGAGCAGCACCAUGGGGUGGUUUGCCUAGCCAUCAGUAUGCUGGCACUGGUGUUGGUGCUGGCUACCCAGGAGUAAACCCAAUGGCAUUUCAACAGGGUAUGUGGAGUGGCAUGCCAAAUACUCAAGCGGCUGGAAUCGGCGUUACAGGAGAACUGCCUGCAGGUGGACCCAAUGCAUUAGGAUAUACGUAUGGUCAAAAUGGAAACAUAUCGUUGGACAUGGCACAGCGAAUGAAAGGUGCUGGUGGUCCGGGAAUGGGAGCUGGUGUGCAGUUUCAAGCUGGUGAUUUUGGUAGUUUACUGCAGACGAUGAAUGCAGAACGCAUGCAGUUGGAAGGAGAAUUGAGAGAGGAAGAAGAUAGAGCAAUGAGAGAAUUUUCAGAUAAAAAGGAGGCUGAAAGGCAAGAAAUGAUGAGUGACAUGGCAAAACAAUUGGUGGACCAAUUAGCAGGUGUUAUGGAUCCUAACGAGAUCAGUGCCAUUAUGGAAAGACACAAUCAACAGUUGAUGGAAAUGGAGGAGUUAUUUAUGAAGGAUAAAGACAAAGAACAGCAAGAGCUGAUCGAGAAACUCGCUGAAAAGAGACAGAAAAAAAUUGACGCAUUGAGGUGGAAACAUGAGCAGCUAGCUUUGCAAAACAACAUCAAGCUGGCAGAACUAGAUUCCAUAGCGAAUCUACCAGCAGAGAUAGGAGCACAGCAAAGCGCACUAGAUCUUGCUGUUCUUGAGAAAAGCAAAGCACAAGCCGAUGGUGAAGCGGAGCUGGCUAGCAAUGAUGCGAAGGAAUAUGGUAACCUUAUGAGUGAUAAGUUCUCAAGACAGAUGGAUAAACUCGUUGAGAAUGGUUCUCUCUUCGCUGACCAAGCUCAAGAUCUCAUGAACAGAGAGCUGGAGAUGAAUGGAAAAAUGGAGCGUGAUAUGGAGAUGAAGAAAGCUGCUCAACUGGCUGCAUUCCAUGACAAACUUGCUAAAAGGAAAGAGGAGAGAAUGAAACAGCUGAGAGCUAAACAAGAGCUUGAAAGGGAGCAGGCCUUGAAGAAUGGCAAAGAUGUUUCUGAAUUAGACAAGAAACACGAACGCGAAUGCGAAGUAUUGGAGGCAAUGUUCGAUGCUGAAGAAGCAGAACAAAGUGCUGAGAUCAACAAAAAAUUAAAUGGGGAACAUAAAGAUGCAUUGCGUCAAGCUCAUCGUGACUUGCUUGACCAGAUGGUUCAACAAUACGAUGUGGAUUCUUCUGCAGCUCAAGCCAUUGUUGAUCAACUGAGAAAAGAUAAUGAUGCUGUUAUUGACAGCUUGGACAAAAAACGUGCAAAGAAUCUGGAAGAUUUAAAGGCAAAAUUAGAAGCACGUAAGAAUCGUCGUCAAAAUGAUGUGAAACGUCAAGGACAGGAAGAAGCUUCUCAGCGAAUUUUAGAAGAACAAAGGAAGUUAGCUUUACAAAGUAAACCAACUGGUGUUGAUCAUAUUGUCAUACCCAAUGUCGUCGCUGGACAGUCGGCUGAAGAACAAGCUUUAAAGAACGAACAGGAAAGAUUUAUCGAGUCGUUGCGAGAUACUCAACAAGAAGACUUAGAGAAGUUACACAGCAAACUUGACAGAGAAGAAAAAGACGAAGAAGCGAAAGCUCUUGCAGAGUUUGAAGAAUAUCGACAGCGUGCACUGCGCGAGAUAAAAAAUCGUCAAGCGGCGGAGUUGGCAUCGAGGUCAGACUUGUCAUCAGAUGAGACACAGAGGCUUCUCGCUGUCCACCAACAGCAACUAGCAAACUUGAUGGAAACAAUGGAUUCUGAACAGCUGAAACAGGGGGAUAAACUAAAAGAAAGACUCGCUGAAAAACGAAGACUAAAAGAAGAAGGAUUGAAGAAAAAACAGAACAAUGAAAUUAACAAGGAACUGCUGGAGCAAAAGAAAGAGCUAGCUGAUGCCGAACGAAAUGCUCUUAAAGAAGCAGAAAAAGAAGCCAUGUUGGCUGCUAUUCGUGAGAAUGGAGCUGAAUCAACUGAAUAUAUCAUUAAGAAGAUUCUCGAACAGCGUCAAGCGAAAGAAGUUUCUGAUUUGGAGAAAUUAUUUGCUGAAGAACGCAAGGUUGAAAUUGAUGAUGUGUUGGUGAAACUGGAUGAUAAACACGAGAUUGAGAAAGAUGAGUUGAAAGCAAAACAUGAAAAACAAUAUAAAGAACUGGAGAAAGAAGACUUGUCUCAAGAGGAACUCCAACAACACCGUGCUGAACUAUUCAACCAGCAACAGUUGGAGAUGAGUAGUCUUGAGAAGAAACAAGCAGACGAAAGAAAAUCUACUCAAAAGAAUGCUUCAUCUGAUUGGGAAAUAAGAUACGCUAAAGCUAAGUUGGAACUCAAAGAAAAACACUAUCAGGAGUAUGCGGACUACUUGAGUGAGAUGUCACCAGAUCAAUCAUCAGAUCAUCAAUCGUCCAUCAGGCAAGCACAAGAAGCUGCGCGUGAGUUGCAAGAAGUACGACAAAAACUAGACGAACAAAAGAAAGAACAAGAAGAGAAAUUAAAACGCGAAAUGGAAGAGUUCGAGGCCGCUGAGCGUGAGCGAAUGAAAGCAGAGCUCGCUGCGUAUGAAGAACAACUCGAAAAAGAAGCUGAGGAAGAAAGAAAGAAAAAUGAGAAAGCCAUACUGGCUUUGAACGCACGUAAAGAAGCUUUGUUGAAAGAGAAGAAAGUAAAGGCCAAAAAAGAUAUAUCUAGUUUGAUUAAAGAAGGCGCGUCCAAGGACGAACAAGAAGCUCUGUUAAAAGAGCACAGCAAAGACCUUGCAACAUUAAUGAACAAGAUGGACGCUGAUCGAAUACGCAUGCAGAGUCAGCUGGAAAAGAGAUUGAAAAACAAACGAAAAGAACGUCGACAGUCUAAACUGAAAGAUGUCGAGCGUAAAGCAGAAGAAGCAAAAGAAGAAUUUCAAGAACAACUCGAAAGUGAGGAAGAUAAAAUGAAGAACGAAGCGAGAAUGAUGUUGAAUGAAACAAUCAAUGUUGAUCAUCUUGUGCAAACAUCUGCACCGGAGUCGGAGAUCAAGCCUUUUGAGGAGAUGACGUCACAGAUGCCAACAUCGUAUCAACUAGCUGCACCGAUGAGUGACAGUGAGUUAAAUAAUCUUCUCAUGCAAUCACCACUGUAUCAAAAGUUACAAUCGAUCCGAGACACGAUGAGUGGUGACGCGCCCCCGCUACAAAAAGACCAGACGAAAGAAGAUGCGUCACCAUAUGUCGAUGAAAAAGAUGACAAUAAAUACAACAGUGAUGACAGUCUAGUACCUGUUGAUCUUGACUCUGUCAAUGCACGAGAAUUUGUCAUCUACAAAUUUUCAACCUUCAUAAGAGAUUUACUUGGAGUGCAUUGUCUUCACAAUCCAGUGAACAUCCUCCUCGCUGAUAAACUUCCACCCAACAGCAACUUACAACAAAACGCCUAUCGCAACUCUUUCUACUACGAUCCAAAUAACAGGCUGUUAUAUCUGCGACGCGAUCGACUCGAAAACGUUGGCGAGUUUAUCCUCGUUUUGGUUCACACGUUAUCACACGUACACGUUGGUGACAUGCGCAACGAUGCUGAUCCGAAGUUCGUGAAGGAGUUUUAUAAAGCCCUCAGUGUUGUGUGCUCUGAUUUGUUUUUGUCGCGCUAUAAGAAAUCGAAUGCUUUGAACGAAGCCAUGAAGAACAUGCCAGAGGCGAGCGCUGAUGAUAAUGGAAAGAAAGUGUUACAGGCCGUCAUCGGUGCAGCGCAUGAUGAAAUCGAGCAGGAAAACGUUGUCAACGAUUUCCUUGACACUAAACUCAUUCGGAAUAAAAACGAAAAAAGCCAAGAUUUAAGAGACCAAGUGAUGUCGCAACGUUUACAUAAAUACACCAACUUCAUUGCUAGCAACAAACUGAAAAAUUUUCUGGGAGAGGUGGAAGAAAAUUUAACAAAUACAAAGCUGCAGGGGAGUGAAACAGAAGUCGACAAAAAAUUGCAAGACCUGAAAGUUAAGGUGAAGGAUGCUCGCCCAGUAUCUAGUUACGUCCCAAGUAAAUUUGAUAACAUUUUAAAACAGAAUGUUCGAAAUUCAGCAUUGUCUCGAUCACCUAUAAACCUGUCAAUGGUACCACCCAGGUCUCGGUUGACUAACCGAGAAACAAAGACUACAGCGUUUUACAAAACUUUCCUUGCCAAUCAAAUUGACGAGCUUCAAAACAAAAUCGAUGAUGUUGAUUAUGAGUUUGUGAUGAUGACAAGUCAAACACUUGAACUGUCUAAACAAGUAAAAGAGCUUGAAGAAGAAAUAGCUGCAAAUGUUGAGAUGAUCCGAAACACUCCUUCAUUUAGUCCAAACUUAGAAAAGCUAUCCGGCAUUGCCCGUAUGUCCAAUGCCAAACUAAGUGCAGCACGAUCCCAACUCAGUCAAGCUAUGAUUGCCAAAUCCGAGCGUUUUAAACGUUUGGAGGAGUUAAAGAAAGAAAUGGAAGAAAAAGAAUUUCUUCUUGAACAACACCACGGCUAAGUACAGUCUUCUUCAUCAACAUGAUUAAGUACAGGUGUAAAUAGAAAAUACAUGCAAACUUUGUGUUGUUAAAACAUAUAUGUAAAACAUGUAAAAGGACAAACUUUUUUUAAAACGUAAGCAAAGCUUCUUAUGAAAGUAUACUUGAUCGCAACUUUUUAGACAUGACAAAGUGAGUCAUUACUGAAAGUAUAUUUUGUAACUGUAAAAACUUUAUUUUUAUGUUUUGUACAUUUUGGUGACCCUCAAAGAAGAAUAGUUUUAAGUUAUUAAUUUUGAUUUACAUAAUUACUUCAAGAGAGUACUAACUAACA